AUGAGUGGCCAGUUUCCCCCUCGACCGUCGAAGACCGAACCCCGCUCGGAUAUAUUAGGGAAUGACUCUGCUGCAUUCCACUACGAUUGGCCCGGCGCGGGGUCACGGUUCCCUCAACAGGUUUCUACGGAAUUCCAAGCCAAUAUCGAUCCAGUCUCCGGCGAAGAACUUCUAAGGCCUAGUUCGGGAGAACAAUCCAUUAACGCUAAAGUUCCCAUUCCACGCUCUGCUCAAACUAUACCUUGGACCAGCACCAGCCGAACAAGUCGAGCUUGCGAGAAUUGUCGUGAGCAAAAAGCUAAAUGCAGUGGCCACCGUCCCACAUGUAACCGUUGUAAGGAUUCUGGGAUCCGAUGUUCCUAUGGAGAUCGAAAAAAGGAGAAGAUAAUCAAGGAAAUCGAUACUUUAAAAGCACAGAUUCAAACCUAUGAAACUGUACUACGCGAGGUCUACCCCAGGCUUGACUUAUCAUCAGCACAAUACGUCGAUCAGACCAUCGGUGGUCAAUUAGUCAGAUUCUGGAAUCUAAAAAGCCUGCUUUGCUGCGUUAAUCCUUUACUCCUCAUCAAAAUACUUACAAACCAAAUCCAUGUUCAGCCAUCAAAUUCCCCUUCCUUCCGUUCUGAUUCUGGGGCUGGUAUGGAUCACCCAUUGGCAACGAUCGACCAUACCGAGGAGGACUUUAACCGCGAUGAAAAGCAAGCUCUAGGAUUUGUGGGUGAACACUCGGAGAUGAUUUGGCUAUACAGACUCAAGCGUGAUCUCGACCAAGACAACGUCACAUCCCUUGGAGAAACCCUCGAUCGACCUUCAAUCUCUUCUAUGAACUAUUUCCAAGGGAAUAUGGAAAUUUCAGUCCUCGAUGCCAUCGAUGUUUUAGGAAUGCCUGCCCAGUCCACUGCCGAUAAACUUGUGGACGCCUUUUUCGACUUAGUCCAUCCUGCAUUCCCUGUCAUCGGAAAGCGUAUAUUUCUCUCUCAAUAUAGGACUUUCUACUCGAACAACCCCACAUCGACAUCGCGCCCAGGAAAACGUUGGAUGGCAGUCCUGAAUUUAAUCUUUGCCAUCGCUGUCAAACACUCACUUUUGGUUAAUAAUGAGCCAGAUGAGGAAUUGGGUAAUCAUUUGGUGUAUUUUACACGGGCGGGGCGAUUGAGCUUGGGAAAUGUCGCACUCCUAGAUCACCCCAAUCUUCAACAGGUUCAAGUAGAGGGCCUCACAGCAUUCUACCUUCUAUCCACUGCACAAGUGAACAGGUCCUGGCGAAUGAUUGGAAUCGCGAUUCGAUCGGCAGUGGCUAUGGGCCUGAAUCUUCGUAGCGAAAGUGACGAUGUUCCUCCUCUGUCAAGAGAGAGUAGAUAUCGUGUGUGGUGGGCGCUGUUUAUGCUGGAUACAUUGUUGUGUGUCAUGAUCGGCCGUCCUCCCAGUACUGGUGACAAUUUUUGCACGACACCCCUACCGAUACCAUUUCUCGAGGAAGACUUCGAGAAUGAAGAAGUGAAACAGCUCAUCAUGGAUUACAGCAUUCGACAGAACCUGCUAAAACCACUGGUCACCCAACUUCAUUAUUCGCCUCAACCAAGUCACCAGACUAUUGACUCCCUGUCACCGGCUAGUUUGCUUGCACCGGGAAAGGCAAAGCAGCCUGCUCAGGCCUCCCCUGUGUCUAUUGAGAACAUCAUCCCCAAUAUCUCAUUAUACUUCUUAUAUGCGGUGGACUUGACAUUUCUGAUGCGGGAGGCUAUUGAGACUCUGUAUGCGCCCGGCGCAACGCGACGGUCUUGGCUAGAGAUGGAAAAUGCAAUGUCUACAUUAAACAACACUGCUGACAACUGGCUCUCUCGUCUACCUACAGAGUUCCAAUUUACGAAAUUCGAUAGCGAUCAACCAUUCGCACUCCAGAGGGUGAGCCUCAGCUUCCAAUUUUACACAACCAAACUCGUUAUCGCGCAACCCUGCCUUCGCCGCCUUGCCCACCAACCCGUUGGGGAUUCACCCUCUGGAUCUAUCUGCGAUACAAUGGCAUCUAUGUGCGUACAAGUUGCCCGAGAUAUGCUUUCUCUUCUCCCAGAUGAGACAGACAUACAUUUGCUAUAUCAGGUCUCCCCAUGGUGGGGUAUUCUGCACUACAUGAUGCAGUCGACUACUGUUCUCCUAAUUCAGCUGUUCAUGCGCACUGAACCUGGUACUACGGAGGCAGUUGGGCUUACGAAGGAUAUCCAGAAAGCUAUUCAAUGGUUAGGUGAAAUGGCUAAACGUGAUGCCUCUGCUCGGCGAGCUCUGUCUGUUUGUAUGGAUAUUCUUUCGCAGCAUGGCCAAAAAUUUGCCAUGGAGAUCGAUUGA